UAAAUGGCGUGAAACAGUGGAUUUCGUCCGUUUGGAAAUGCUACUAGCUAACUGUGGCUCCGAAUGGGUUAAAAUCUGUAUCCACACUGAAACUCAAACAAGGUCACAAGGUUGUUCAGACCUUAAGUCAGGUUGUAGUUACUGGGCUGGCAAAGGAUACUGCAAAGGGAAAUAUGCAGGCUAUAUGUCCAAGAACUGCCAGAAGAGCUGUAAUCUGUGCAGCGGAUCAGGACCAGGACAGUGCGGAUACAAACCCGGUGUACGAAUUGUAGGUGGUACCGAGGCUCCUCACGGAGCUUGGUCGUGGCAGGCUCAAAUCAUGACAACUUAUGGCUUCCCAUUCUGUGGAGGAACCUUAGUUCAUCCACAGUGGGUUGUCACUGCUGCUCACUGUGUUCCGGGAAAAUCACCGAGUGACAUUCGCGUUAGACUUGGAGCUCAUAAGCGCAAGCAAAGCGUAGGAACAGAACAGUUAAUGGAGAUUGAAAAGAUCAUCUCACAUCAGAGCUAUAGAAGACCUUAUGGCAUGGCUCAUGAUAUCGCCAUGAUAAAACUGGCCAAACCUGCUCGGAUCGGCAAGUAUGUCAACUUGGCCUGCAUGCCUGGAUCAAGUGGAAGUGUUGCAGAUGGCAAGGAAUGCUGGGUUACAGGAUUUGGAAGACUGUCGUCAGGCGGUAGUUCUCCAGACGUCCUCCAACAAGUUAAAGUCCCAAUCGUGUCUGACUCUAGAUGCAGACGAGCGUACGGCUCAUCAAUUCACGACUCCAUGAUCUGUGCUGGACUGGACCAAGGAGGAAAGGACUCUUGCCAGGGAGAUUCUGGAGGGCCUAUGGUAUGUGAAGCUGGCGGAAAGUUCUUCCUAGAGGGUGUCGUGUCGUGGGGUAUCGGAUGCGCCGCUCCAGGAAAAUAUGGUGUCUACGCCCGAGUCCGCUACUUGAGGAAAUGGAUUGAUGAAACAAUGAAUUUCAGUCGAGACGUGUUACUUGAAACCAAAAACAUGGACAACCCCCAAAAUUAUUCCAGCAUCGCAGUCUUGGAAAGUUUCGUACACGGUUGUACCGACAAAAGACGAUACUGUACCGUCAUGGCAAAAAUGGGAUACUGCAAUAAGAAAAGUGUCUCAAAACAUCUGAGAAGGAACUGCAAGAAAAGCUGUAGUUUGUGCGGCGGUGGAAGCGGUGGAGUAGGACAGUGUGGAUUCAAGCCCGGUGCGCGAAUUGUCGGUGGCACCGAGGCCCCUGAAAGAGCUUGGCCGUGGCAGGCCCAAAUCCUAUGGUCAACUUCUGGUAAUCAAUUUUGUGGAGGAACUUUGGUCCAUCCCCAGUGGGUUGUUACAGCUGCACACUGCGUUUACAAGGAAAUUGCCUCAAAUAUCCGUGUAAGACUUGGAGCCCAUUACCGAAAUCGCAGAUUAAAAACGGAACAGGAGUUCCAGAUCAAAAAAGUGAUUUAUCACAACAGCUACGGGAAACCGAAAGGUUUUGCUCAUGAUAUCGCCUUGUUGAAACUGACCAGGCCCGCUAAAAUUAGCCAAGCCGUCAAACUGGCUUGCCUGCCUGGUUCAAAGGGUCGAGUUCGAGAUGGGAAGAUGUGUUGGGUUACAGGCUUUGGACAUUUGUCGUAUGAAGGUUCUCCAUCGAGUGUUCUAAUGCAGGUCUCAGUUCCAAUUGUCAGUGACAGAGAAUGCAAAAAGGCUUACGGAGUACGCAUCCACAAGUCAAUGGUAUGUGCUGGACUUCCACAAGGUGGAAAAGACGCGUGUCAGGGAGAUUCGGGAGGUCCAAUGGUGUGUGAGUACGGUGGAAAGUUCUUCCUCGAGGGCUGUCGUUCAGCUUACGAUAAUCGAGAUAAAAGAAAUGGAGCUAAGCAUAUCUUCACUUGCUAUUUUGAAGCGAGUUUGAUCUCAAUCAUGAAGUUCACGAUGAAGUUCCAUGUCUUGGCCAUUGCUGUCUUUGCCAUUCCUGCAAUAUUUGCUGAGGUUUGUGAGGACAGAACAGUAAACUGUGCUGAUUACGAAAGUUAUUGCAAAGUAACCAAUUGGGUAGAUUACAUGCAGAGAAACUGCAAGAAAACCUGCGGCUAUUGUAACGGCGGAGGAAACGGCGGCGGAGGCGGUGACGGUGGAAAUGGUGGUGGCGGAGGAGGAGGCGGUGGUGGUAACGGUGGAAACGGUGAGUGUGGAUAUAAACCAAGCGCUCGAAUUGUUGGUGGUAGUGAAGCACCCAAAGGAGCUUGGCCGUGGCAGGCCCAGGUCAGAUCAAGAUCCGGUUUUACAUUUUGUGGUGGAACUUUGGUUAGCCCUCAAUGGGUUGUUACAGCAGCUCAUUGCACGUCGGGUAAAUCUUCCUCAAGCAUUCGUGUAAGACUUGGGGCACAUUACCGCAAAGGUAACGAAGGCUAUGAACAGGAUUUUGAAGUGGAACGAAUCAUUAAUCACCAUAGCUACAAAAGACCUUACGGCAUGGCCCACGACAUUUCUUUGUUAAAACUGCGCAGGCCUGCUCAGAUAAACAGACAUGUAAAAUUGGCCUGUUUACCAGACUCAAGUGGAGGAGACCUGGAUGGGAAGAUGUGUUGGGUUACAGGAUUCGGUACUCUGUCCUCAGGCGGCUCUUUGGCUCAAAUGCUCAUGCAAGUUGACGUACCAAUUGUCCCGCAGUCCCAGUGCAAGCAGGCAUAUAGUUCCAUUCACGAUUCCAUGAUAUGCGCUGGAUUGUCCGAAGGAGGUAAAGAUUCCUGCCAAGGAGACUCAGGUGGUCCUUUGGUGUGCGAAUUUAAUGGCAGGUUCUUUCUCGAGGGAGUUGUAUCGUGGGGACAUGGCUGUGCUGCUCCGGGGAAAUAUGGCGUUUACGCCAGGGUCCGUUACUUGAGGCAAUGGAUUGACAGUACAAUAAGCAUUGAUCAAUCUUCGUACGAAGCUAAUAAUAUAAUGCGGCAAAAGGAGAGUUCUUUCCUUAACAAUUCUACGACGACAAUCAUGAAGAUUUGGAUUCUCUUAGUCUUCGGCGUCUCUUUUUUGGCAAGUCUUACACAUGGGUGUGAGGAUGUGAACGUAGACUGUAUGAAGUGGAAGCGUGGAGGAUAUUGCCCGAAGUGGAAAGAUUAUAUGAAAAAAUACUGUAAAAGGACAUGUGGAUUCUGCGAAGGUGGUGGUGGCAACGGUGGAAAUGGUGGCAAUGGCGGUAAUGGUGGCAACGGAGGUAACGGCGGUGGGCCACCAACUGGUGGCUCAGGAGACUGCGGAUACAAGCCUCACACUCGGAUUGUCGGUGGUACAGAGGCUCCUCGAGGAGCUUGGCCAUGGCAGGCUCAAAUCACGCAACCUCACGGCUUCCCAUUUUGCGGCGGAACACUGGUGAAUCCUCAGUGGGUGGUAACUGCAGCUCAUUGUGUCUCGAAAGACACACCAUCGGGCAUUCGUGUGAGAAUGGGAGGCCACAAGCGUCGAGGUCCCGAGGAGACAGAACAGGUUUUGGAGGUCGAAAGGAUUAUUAAUCAUCACAGUUACAAAAGACCGUAUGGUAUGGCUCACGAUAUCGCCAUGUUGAAACUGCGUCGGCCCGCUCAAAUAAACCAACAUGUCGGAAUGGCUUGCUUGCCUGGGUCAAGUGGAAGGGUUCCAGAUGGCAAGAAUUGUUGGGUUACAGGUUUUGGAAGAUUGUCAUCCGGUGGUAGCUCUCCUAAUAGGCUCAUGCAAGUCUCUGUACCAAUUGUCAGUGAAAGUAAAUGCAAAAGAGCAUAUGGCUCGUCCAUCCACGCCUCCAUGGUCUGUGCUGGACUCGAUCGCGGAGGCAAAGAUUCGUGCCAGGGUGAUUCAGGAGGACCAAUGGUGUGCGAAUACAACGGAAAGUUCUUCCUAGAGGGUGUCGUGUCGUGGGGAAGUGGAUGUGCCAAACCAGGGUACUAUGGAGUCUACUCUCGAGUCCGUUAUUUGAGGCAAUGGAUUGAUAGUACAAUGAGCCGAUAUUAAGGAUUAGUAUCUGAAAAGUAAUAAAAAACAUCGACCUACAUUUGAA